GAGAGAGAGUAUCAGUGUGUGUAUCUGUGUGUGUGUUUCAUUCCGACCAUCAAGAUAAGUUGCGUGUCACGUAACUUGUGUUUCGUCUGCACGGUUUCAUUCGUUUGAUGUUUAUUUUAGGUUAAUAUUUAAAUGAUGGAGUCAUCAAGUAGAUCUUUAUGAAGAGAUCCAUCCCAUAAUUAGGACUUAUGAUGUAGUGUCUCUUUAUGACUUACAGUUCCUCCUCCUCCUCCUCAGCUAUUGGCUGCUGAGCAGAUCAACUUGAGCUCCUCCUCCUCCUUCAGGCCGGUCCUCACCCAGCUCCCUCCUCCUCCUCCUCCUCCUCCUCCGGCCUGGUACCCUCUCACCCAGCAGGGCGGAGCCCAGGGGCUUCUGGGUAACAUUGGAGAACGAGACUGGCCUUCAUCCCUCUCCUCCUCCUCCUCAGCUUCAUCCCUCCCUCCUCUUCCUCCCCCGAUGGUUCCCAUCUUCAAGAACAAGUGUCCGUCGCGCCUUGUGAACGUGGCACUGCUGCGCCUCCAGAAGCAAAGGAAGCAGCUGAUUGGAGGAGGAGGAGGACGAGGAGGAGGGGGGAGGGUGACCCUACCAGCCGUCUGGAUGAAGACCUCCGCCGCUGCCUCGUCUUCAUCAGUUUCUUCUUUGCCCGCCGCGCCGCCCCGACCUCUUCCUCCUCCGUUACUGGCUCCUCGCUUCCACCGGCGGCCCAAACCCCUCAGCCUCAGUCCUGCACCCAAGUCCAGACCCGGGUUCCUCCUGGCUCCAGAGACCGAGACCACCAAACCCAAGUCCAGACCCGGGUUCCUCCUGGCUCCAGAGACCGAGACCACCAAACCCAAGUCCAUCUCAGACAGAACUCCAGGCCCUCCACCUCCUGAGACCUCCAUGCAGGAGGCCUCCAGCCGGAGAGUUGAGUUUGAGUCAAAGCCGAAGAAACCUCGAUCGGCGGUCCGAGACGUGGACGUGGGCCAGAUGGCGAGAAGCAGCCAGCUGUCCAAGGUGAACUCGGCCACGUUGCUGUCCUGGUUGAAGGGAAGAGGAGUUCUCGUCAGCACCAAACACCGGAAGGAGGAGCUGAUGCUGAAGGUCAUGAGCUGUCUGGCCGAGGCCUGAGACACACACACACACACACACACACACACACACAGUGUAUACCUCAUAGAUCCGUAUGUGAGGGUUUCAUGUUUCAUGUCCGUCUCUGUCAGUCUGAAUCCGAUGAGUUCUCUCAUCUUCGUUAAUUGAGACGCUGAAGAUUUGGACGGGGGGGGGGGGGUUGAACCUUAUGUUAUCCACCAUAUACUUCUACAGAGACUGUUUUGUAUUUUACAACCAAUAUGUUCUUAUUUAUUCAGCAGCUGCUGGUUUGUUGUUCAAUAAUGUACAAUUGUAUUUAUAUGCUGAAGUUCUAUGGAAAAAAUAUAUUUGAGCCUUUAUUGUGUUAACUAACAUCUGAAGUCAGGAGUUCUUUUUGUGUUCUUCAGGUUGUUUAGACAGCUGCUUUACACACACACACACACACACACACACGCAGAUGUUUCCAGUCCUCCACGCAUUAGUUUAGAGAUGCCAUGAGUAAAUUGCUUAAACCUCCAGAAUGUUUUAGUGGAAUUAUUCCCAUCAUGCUCCAGUCAGCAGGGUGUGUAUAUAUGUGUGUGUUUGUGUGUGUGUUUGUGUGUGUGUUAAUGAUGCAUAACAUAGUUGACGUUACAGUUUGAAAAGCAGACCAGAUCCACUUCUUCCAUUCAUACCUUUCACAAUAAAAGCCCGAGACAAACACACGGUCACCGUGUCCAGCCAGUAUGUUCUCUAUCGAUGACAGGAGAACAAGGAACACGUUUCCUCAGCAAUACAAAUGAAAGAAACUCGUCAUAAAGAUUGUCGUUGUCGUGGUUACACAUGCGACAGGAAGUGAACUUUGAACAGAAAAACCUUGAGGUCUUAUUGUGAAAGAACUCGUCUCUGUUUAUAGUAAUGUCUAUAAAUUACGUUAGAAUCGGCCCCUUCUCUUGGUGUGUGUGUGUCUGUGUGUGUGUGUGUGUCCUCCACCAAUCCGUCUUCCUGGGAAAGAGGCUAAAAACAAAUCUGAAGUGUCUAUAAAAAUAAAGAGAUGAAAUGUUCUUUA